GUUGCGCGCUAUGGUGCAUAUACUCAACUCCUGCCCCACCAUUCUAGCUUCGCUCCCCAGUGCGUAGAUCAGACCCGUGAAACAACCGAAGCAUUGAUUAGAAUCGCGGCGAAGGAGAAGAGGAUGGCGGCUCCACAAAACGGAUCCAACAUAACGGCGAACUACACCAACCAGUUCGUGCAGCCGCCGUGGCGCGUCGCUCUCUGGUCCGUAGCCUACAGCUUCGUGCUGGCGGUGGCGGUGUUCGGAAACCUCAUCGUGAUAUGGAUCAUUCUUGCCCACAAGCGUAUGAGGACGGUGACGAACUACUUUAUCCUAAACUUGGCGUUUUCGGACGCGUCAAUGGCCGCGUUCAAUACUUUGAUAAACUUUAUCUACGCGGCUCACGGGGAGUGGUACUUCGGGGAAGCGUACUGCAAAUUCCACAACUUCUUCCCGGUCACAUCCGUGUUUGCGAGCAUCUACUCCAUGACUGCGAUAGCUGUGGACAGGUACAUGGCCAUCAUACAUCCCCUGAAACCACGUCUGUCGGCGAAGGCCACCACAGGAGUCAUUGUCUGCAUCUGGAGUCUGGCCGUGGUUCUGGCCUUCCCGCUCUGCUACUUCUCCACCAUCCGGACGCUGCCCCGCAGGACCCUCUGCUACGUGGCCUGGCCCCGCAUGGCCGAGGACCCCUUCAUGUAUCAUAUCAUAGUGACAGUCCUGGUCUACGUGCUACCCUUAGUGGUGAUGGGCAUCACUUACACCAUCGUGGGGGUGACUCUGUGGGGAGGGGAGAUCCCCGGAGACUCAUCUGAUAACUAUCAUGGACAGCUCAGGGCCAAAAGGAAGGUGGUGAAGAUGAUGAUCAUCGUGGUGGUGACCUUUGCCCUCUGCUGGCUGCCCUAUCAUGUCUACUUCAUCGUGACGGGCCUCAACAAGCGCCUUAGCAAGUGGAAGUACAUCCAGCAGGUCUACCUGACGGUGCUGUGGCUGGCGAUGAGCUCCACCAUGUACAACCCCAUCAUCUACUGCUGCCUCAACAGCAGGUUUCGAGCUGGCUUCAAGCGAGCGUUUCGCUGGUGCCCAUUCAUCAAGGUGUCCAGCUAUGACGAGUUGGAGCUACGCUCUACGCGGCUGCACCCGACACGACAGAGCAGCAUGUACACCCUGUCACGAAUGGAUACCUCCAUGGUGGUGGUUUACGACCCUGCCGAGGGCGACGGUGGCCCUGGUGGUGGUGGAUCUGGAAGGAAGCCCUCCCUGUCCAAUCGGAAGAGGAGCUACAUCACGUCUCGCCACACAGAGAUCACUGGAUGCAACGGUGGCGGUGCGAAAACGCAGAAUGGAGGGGCUCCAAACGCUCCACCCGAGGAGUUCUCUUGA